AUGGUGAUUAGGUCGAUUUCGAACAACGGUUUGAUUUACAGACAGAUCCUAUGUCUUAGAUUUACUUCUACGAUUGCUGUCUCUAACCACGAACCCAUUACCAAGACAACAACACAAAAUUUUCUUGAGACGACGACGAGCAAAGCUAUCUUCGAAUGCAAUUCUCAGAUUUCAAAGCUAUCGAAAAAUGGGAAUAUACAAGAAGCUGAAGCUAUUUUCAGACAGAUGUCACAAAGAAAUAUAGUCUCUUGGAACGCGAUGAUUUCGGGUUUUGCGGAAAAUGGUAAUAUGAGUAAAGCAUGGCAAGUGUUCGAUGAAAUGCCUAAGAGAGAAACAAGUUCUUAUAACGCUAUGGUUACGGCUGUGAUUAAGAAUAAGUGUGAUUUAGGUAAAGUUUAUGAAUUGUUUUGCGGUAUACCGGAGAAAAAUGCGGUUUCUUACGCGACGAUGAUUACUGGUUUUGUUAAGGCAGGGAUGUUUGAUAAAGCGGAGUGUUUGUAUGUUGAAACACCUGUUAAGUUUCGUGAUCCUGUUGCUUCGAAUGUUUUGUUGAGUGGCUAUUUAAGAGCAGGGAAGUUGAAGGACGCGGUUCGUGUUUUUGAAGGUAUGGUAGUGAAAGAAGUUGUAUCAUGUAGCUCAAUGGUUGAUGGGUAUUGUAAAAUAGGGAAGCUUGUUGAUGCUAGAAGUGUUUUUGAUCAAAUGACUGAGAAAAAUGUGAUUACUUGGACUGCUAUGAUUGAUGGGUAUUUUAAAGCAGGGUUUUUCGAAGAUGGGUUUGGUCUAUUUUUGAGAAUGAGAAGGGAGGGAGAUGUUAGUGUUAAUGCUAAUACAUUGGCUGUCAUGGUUAAAGCUUGUCGGGAUUUCGUUAGAUACCGAGAGGGAAGUCAGAUUCAUGGGUUAGUUUCACGGAUGCCUCUCGAGUUUGAUUUGUUUCUAGGGAAUUCGUUGAUUUCGAUGUACUCUAAGCUUGGUUCUAUGUGCGAGGCGAAAGCAGUGUUUGGCGUCAUGAAAGAUAAAGACACUGUUUCUUGGAAUUCAUUGAUUACGGGUCUUGUUCAGCGCGAACUAAUUUCUGAAGCUUAUGAGAUUUUCGAGAAGAUGCCGAAUAAAGAUAAGGUAUCUUGGACGGAUAUGAUCAAGGGAUUUUCUGGAAGAGGAGAAAUCUCGAAAUGUGUAGAGUUAUUUAGAAUGAUGCCUGAGAAGGACGACAUAACAUGGACUGCUAUGAUAUCUGCUUUCGUGAGCAAUGGAUGUUAUGAGGAGGCGCUAUGGUGGUUUCAUAAGAUGCUCCAGGAAGAAGUUUCUCCGAACUCCUACACUUUCAGUAGUGUGCUCAGCGCAACAGCUAGUUUGGCGGCAUUGAUCGAAGGACUACAGAUUCAUGCUAGAGUUGUGAAGAUGAACAUAGCGAAUGAGUUAUCAGUUCAGAAUUCAUUGGUAUCGAUGUAUUCUAAAUGCGGGAACACGAAAGAUGCUUACGAGAUCUUCUCAUGCAUCAAUGAGCCCAAUAUUGUUUCUUAUAACACGAUGAUCAGCGGGUUUUCUUAUAACGGUUUCGGGAAGGAAGCUCUUAAAUUGUUUUCCAAAUUGGAAAGCACAGGAAAAGAGCCAAAUGAUGUUACCUUUCUUGCUGUAUUAUCAGCUUGUGCUCAUGUUGGAUACGUAGACUUAGGGUGGAAGUACUUCAGAUCGAUGAAAUUUUCGCAUGGCAUUGAACCAGGACCUGAUCAUUAUGCAUCCAUGGUUGAUCUCCUUGGAAGAAGUGGAUUGCUUGAUGAAGCAUAUCACUUGAUCUCUUCAAUGCCAUUUGACCCUCAUUCAGGGGUUUGGGGAAGCCUCCUAGGUGCAAGCAAGACUUAUUUACGUGUUGAUCUAGCUGAGAUUUCUGCUAAGAAACUAAUUGAACUCGAGCCUGAUAGCGCAACGCCUUACGUGGUGUUGUCUCAGCUCUAUUCAAUCGUUGGAAUAAACAGAGAUGGUGAUCGGAUAAGAAAUAUCAAGAAAUCGAAAAGAAUUAAGAAAGAUCCCGGGUCUAGCUGGAUCAUUUUAAAAGGUGAAGUACAUAAUUUCCUCGCCGGAGAUGAAUCUCAUUUGAAUCUGGAAGAGAUAGAUUUCACACUGAAUAUGAUUGGAAAAGAAAUGGAAUUGAUUACUAUCAGCCAUGGAAACAGUUCUUAG